GACCGGCCUGUCCGGUCCGCCCUCCGUUACCGACAUGUUCUCCUUCACGCUGCUCGUCACGGUUCUGUGUUCUGGCCCGGUUCUGCUCGGUUCCGUCCCCGCGGUGGAGGACCCGUACGAGGCCGCGGUCCGCGCGCUCUCCCCGGAGCGCUCCGUCCGCGCGCUCUUUAAGGCGCUGCAGGCGCGUGUGCAGUGCGGCGGAGUGCCGUGUGGAAAGUGUGAUCUGGCCGGCGCCGUCCACCAGCUCAUCGGCGAUGGCUCCGCCCCGGCGCUCCAGGAAGAUGGGAGGAGCUUCACGGUCAGCAGGUCUCAGUUUCCCGCCCUCGCAGCCGGCGGCGUCCUCUUCCUGUCCUCUCCUGACCUGGUCUGCACCGCCGUGAAGGAAGGGAGGUGGGCGGAGGAGAGCGAGCGUUUCCUGCACCGGUACACGCAUCACGACCACGACACUGACCACGCCCACCAUGACAUCAGCAUCCACGCUCUGCAGGAUCUGCUGCAGGAGCUGCAGGGUCACUACGAACCUUCUGAGAAUCAGAACUGCGCGUCAGCCGCCAGCUUCAUGCCGGACGCCGCCGUAGCGCCGGAGCAGCAGCAGGAAGUGGGCGUGGUCCUGGGCCGCGUGCUGGUCCACGCUCUGCAGGGACGCUGCUUCAGCGCUCACUUUCUGCCGGAGGAGAGCUUCUUCCUGGACUCCAUCAUGGACCGGGUCGGCUCAGAGAAUCUGACUGUUGAAGGUUUGGAGGCUGUCAUGAUGAUGCUGAACAUCGGACCAGGAGAAGACCACGAGCAUGCAUUGAGGACUAACGAUCACCAUCAUCAUCAUGAGGAGCAGAGGGGGCGGAGCAAGAGGAGCACUGGACGGCAUGAAGAUAACAGCACCUGGGAGCAG